CUGCUCUAUUAUUUUUAUUCCGCUUUGUGUGGAAUAAUAAUUAGAAUAAUCUAAACAACAAUAAUAGUAACCUUUUACUGCUAUAAUUAUUGUUUAAAAGGAUGUUAUUUUCUGAAAUUAUAAUAUCUUGGCAUCUGAUCCCAUUUCAGUGUAACACGUCUAAUUUAUUUAUGGAAUGAUGAGUUAAACAAGUGAUGGAAAACUGAAAAGUUCUUUUAGUUGAAUAAUUUUUAUCCAUUUUCAAAGGUACAAGAUGACAACUCGGAAUCCCACGACUCUAGUAGCUGUUCCAAGCGAAGAAAAUUUUGAUUUUCUGUUCAAAAUUGUUUUAAUAGGAGAUUGUGGUACAGGAAAAACCUGUGUGGUGCAAAGGUUUAAAAAUGGAACUUUCAUUGAACGUCAUGGAAAUACAAUAGGUGUAGAUUUUUCUAUGAAAACAUUAGUAAUAGAUGGUAAAAAAGUGAAGUUGCAAAUAUGGGAUACUGCUGGUCAGGAAAGAUUCAGGACCAUUACCCAGAGUUAUUAUAGAUCUGCUAAUGGUGUAAUAAUAGUUUAUGAUAUUACAAAGAGGUCAUCUUUUCUUUCUGUUACUAAAUGGUUAGAUGAAGUCCGAAAAUAUUCAGGUAGCUCAGUGCUUUUGGCACUGGUAGGCAAUAAAGCUGAUGAGGAGAAUUUACGAGAAGUAGAAUUUGAAGAAGCAGAAGCUAUGUGUCAAUACAUGCCAGAAGUACUUUUUGUAUUAGAAGCUAGUGCUAAAUCGAACACAAAUGUGGAAGAAGCGUUUCUAUAUCUUGCAACAGAAUUAAAGAGGAGGCAUGACAAUGGAAUUUUACAACAAUCUGAUGAAGAUACUGUAAGAUUAGGAGAUGCUAGAACAGUUUCUAAAUGCAGCUCAUGUACAAAGUUCUAAAAAAGCCCAACAUGCCUUUCAGUGCCUUAUAUCACUAGUGCUGUAAUACUUAUUGAAUAUUGAGCUUUAAGCGUUUAUUAAUAAAUACGUAAUUGAGAAAGUAAUAACAAUUUCAACUGAUUUUUGAAGAUUUUUUUUUUAUUUUUACAUCAUACUAUAUUCAAUUUGAAUAGUGAGUGCAAUAAUUUUUGACCUUAUUUGAAUUUCAUUAUGUGGUGAUAUUUACAUACAUAUUUAUAUAUAAAUUACAUUUUACUCUUGCAAGUUAAAUAAAUAGUACAAAGCAAGAUAAUAUAUUAUAAUUAUUUAAUUAAAUAAUCUGAAUUGAGUGUGUCAUUGAUCAAGAGUUUUUGUUCAAAAUAUAUAUUUUGUAGUUUGAUCAAUAUUGGUGUGAGAAUAUUAUAAAAUGCUAAUAAAUAGACUUGUUAAAACCAAUUGAUUUAUUGAGUUCAGGAAUUUAUUUUUUAUUUACUGUUAUUAUGGAAGCAUUUAGUUUGAUUUCUGCAAAAUUUGUUAGAUAUUCUCUGUAUACCUAUCCAUUGAAGAAAAUUUCUGAAUUGAAUGUAUUAAAAAAGUUAUGAAGAGUUAAUAUAAAUUAGCUACAUUUAGACAUAUGAAUCUGAAGUUACAAUGAAAAUACUCAAAGUGUUAUAUGAUAUUGUAUUAUUGCUUUUUUCUUCAAAUUCAAUUCUUAUUUAAUUUUUAGGUUAGUAAAAAAAGCUUAUCUUAUUAUUGUUAUUAAUUAUAGGAAUUGACAUGAAGAUUGAAAAUCAUUGUUGAUAUUUUUGUGAAUUUAUAAAACUCACAAAAUUUCAAGGAAAAAAUGAACAAAUGAAUUGAUUAUCAAAUAAGUAAAAAUCUAAUGUAAGCUGUAUAAUUUUCUUUAUGGUAUUAUUACAAUUAUUGAAAAUUUUUA